AAAACAUGUGUUGUUGAGAGACACCACCGUAAACACUAUCAACGACCUCCCGGCGGCAUACAAAUUUUGACAGAUUGCCUCUUGGCUCGGUAUGCCCGAAGUCCUCAAAAUGUUGCAAUUGGAUUUUUUAGACGACUUGAGGCGAAUGAAUGUUCGCCAGUUAUUCUAUCAGGUCUUGAACUUUGCCAUGAUUGUGUCAUCAGCCCUUAUGAUUUGGAAAGGCCUAAUGGUUGUGACAGGAAGUGAAAGUCCUAUAGUGGUUGUGCUAAGUGGAAGUAUGGAGCCAGCUUUUCAUCGUGGAGAUUUACUGUUUUUGACGAAUUACGAUCAUGAACCCAUUCGUGCCGGUGAAAUUGUUGUCUUCAAAGUUGAAGGGCGUGACAUUCCCAUUGUUCACCGUGUCAUCAAAGUUCAUGAAAAGGAAGAUGGUACAGUUAAAUUUUUGACUAAGGGUGAUAACAACAGUGUAGAUGACCGUGGUCUGUAUGCCAAUGGACAGGCUUGGUUGCGCCGCAAAGAUGUCGUAGGACGGGCACGAGGCUUUGUACCUUUCAUAGGGAUGGUCACAAUCAUAAUGAAUGAUUAUCCAAAGUUUAAGUAUGCCGUGCUAGCGGGAUUAGGCGUUUUUGUGCUGAUACACCGCGAAUGAAGAAGGCUGGAGAGCUCAAAACAAGGUGGUGCAUAAAGAAGAUGUGUGAUAACUUUAGGCUUUUAAAAAUUACAAAAAUGGAAUCUUGAGCAUUGGUAAACUAAUUAGUAAACAACAAUUAGAAGUUUAAAUGAGUGAAAAUUUGUAUGUAUGACUUAUGUGGGUACAUCCUCAUUUUGCACUUUUAUAUCCAUGUUUAUUUUACAUUCGCUAAAAGCAAAUAGACAAUUUGAACCUUUAAGAUCUUGCAAGAUUGUAUUUUUUUUCACAUAUAUAUAUCACUUUAUAAUGUAAAACGUGAAGGCUAAGGUAACCAUUUGCACAGGUUAUUAGUUCAUUUCUGUUGUUUCUUAAUACAGUAGUUGCCAGCAUGAGAUGCUUCAACAUAUUUAUUACAGGCACAACUUCUUUUUUGUUGUAGGUACUGUUUAAACUACCUUAUGUAAUUUUGUUUUUGAUGUUAAUUUUGUAAACUACGUAUAAUACGUAUUAAGAUUCUAUCAAGUAUGAAAUCAGUUGUCUUUUGUUAUUAUUAUUAUUUUUUUAAUUUAAAAUCAGUUUUACAUUAGUAAUAAAUUAGAGUGAAGAUUGCAUUUUGUGUGUAUGAAUGUUAUGGAUAUUUAUCAAAUUUAUUCAUCGCCUGGAAUAUUUGGAGCUCUCCUUAUCCCUAUACUGUAUGUGCUGUGUAACCAUAGGCAGAAAUGACUUGUCAUUUUAUCCAUUCAUGUUGACAGUUUUAUCAUAAAAAGGAUAUGUGACUUGAGUGGUAUAUGCUACUGUCUUUUAUAAUUAGGUAAAUGAUAGACAAUACAUUUUUUAUAUAUUUUGAGAAACUUUUCUUGUUCAAUGUCCAAUAAAUUGUGGGAAUGUCCUUAGUUGAAGUAACAACAGAUUUUAUUAGAUUUUUAAGGAGGCCAAAAUUGUUCAUUCGUCUUUUUUUCUAUUUUUUUGUUUACAUUAGCAGCUUACUGUUCUCCCAUGAGGAGGAAUUCUGUGGGACUCUUGAGAUUAAUAGAAGUCUUUGUUUUCAGUUUACCAAUGUUGUUAUUGGUGGUGGGGUUCAUGGAUGUCAGUAGUUUUAUUCUAAGGUGUUAGCAGUAAACAGACAUGGAAAUUAUGUGGGCUUAUUUUUCCUUUUCAUAAAUUAUUGUAGUGAAAUUAAAGCACUAUUAUGAAAUGCACUGCUGUUGAUCAGUUCUGAAAGAGCCAAUGCUUCCAUACCAUGAUAGGUUUUGGUUCCCAUUGCAUUUUUUUUGUAGAAGCAGAGUAUGAAUUAAUUGAAGGUCACCGCUUCUUGAUCAGACUUCCUGUUUAUUGGGGUGUAUUUUUUGUGUUAUGGAAAGCUGUAUAAUUGCAAUGAGUUUGUAAGUGUUUUAGUGUAGUUAUUUCUAUGAUAAAGCUUGAAAAUAUCAAGGAAAAGCAUAGGCAUGAAAGGUUAAUUCGUAUUACCUUGGUGUUCGUUGUGGAAAAUGUUCACCAAGAAAUUCAGACUGCCAUUUCACACAUAUACUUGACUAAUAUAAUCUUGUCAAAUCAUCGGUGUUAAAAGUAAAUACUGUACCCAGAAAUAAAAAUCAGUUUGCCUCCAAUUUAUUUAUGAAUCAAUCCAUUGCCAGUCUGUACAGUAAAAAAAAUUUAUAGAUUAACUAACCCAAGAUGUAAGUUGAUCUUUUAUAUUAUAUUUAUUGAUGCUGUGUAUGUUCUCUGGUAUAUGCAUAGUUUUUUUGACUUGCAGAGGGAACUUGAGUAUGAUAAAACAGCUCAGUUAAUACUUCAUCCUUAGAUUUUAUUUGAAAAGUUUUAUUUCCUUGUAUUGUUUUUUUCACAGAUGGUUAAAAUCUCACUUGUUUAUCAUGUUAGUUCCAUAUGGUGUACUGUACUUUAGAAAUAGAAGUGAAUCUAUAGGUGUUCUGUACACAAGUUUUAUAUAAAAAAUCUUUGUAAUGAGAAUUUAGGUAAAUAAGAGUAGACUUAAUGCAGAAAGCUGAAGUUUAGAUCAUUUGCACUUGUACUUAUGUAAACACUGAUAAUGAUGAAGUAUGUCUAAUGUGUAUAUUGUUUUAAGAAUCUAUUGCAAAAUAUAUUUUAUAUCUUGUGAUCAGCAUUAUCAGUAGGGUGUUUUGUUAUUUGUAUUUAUACAGUGGUUAAGCUUUUUCAACAGUAUGAGUUGCAUACUGUUUCAUACAUAAAAGGAUCUGCAUUUUAUUAUAACUGUUCUUGUAAUCCAUUCAUUGUUCUUGUUCAUUGAAGUGUGGUGCUUAAGAGCAUUACUGUGUACAGAUGAUUCAGUACUGUAUUAUAAAGAACCAACUGUUGAAGAGUUGCUGUUUGUGCAAAGCAUUCUGGUGAUUCCUUAGUUUAUUGCUGGAGUUGUUGACAAUUUUUUCGGUCAUUUUUAGGACUUGCAACAGAGGUUACACUGAAGAGAUUUGUAAGAUGUAUUUUUCUGACAGGUCAAGAUUGAUUAAAGGAGAAAUAUGCCUGAAAGUUGGCUGGACACUAAAAAACUGUGAAUUUUUCAUUUACUUACAGACUACAGUUUAUGCAAAUGAUAAAUGGUAAUGCUCUUGAAUUUUAAUAUGAUUUUUAUACUAGAAACCAAUUUUGUGAUGCAGUGAGCUUGUGAUGAAAGUCAUUAUAUACACUGUAUAUUGUUUCUUGUUCAUCUAUAGCUGCUUUCACAAGUGUUUUUACCAUGUUGAAAUGCUUCUAUUUCAACAAUCACAUCUAAUAAUUGUCUGUUCAAGGCUCUGGUCAAGAAGCCUUAUGCCUCUUGAGUAAUAAAGUGAGGUUUCACUGUUGGGCAGGAAAAUCAGAAUAUUUUAACAGUGAAUUUAUGAUGUAAAUAGAUCACAAUGUUUGUCAACAGGCACUACUUUAUUAACCAAACUUUGCCAUUUUAGAUGGAUGAUAUACAGGUAGUAUGUUAUAGGCUUACAUAUUUUCAUUCUUGUUGCAUUGGAGUGAAAUAACAUGCUGAACAGUUUAUAUGCUACACUGGCACAAGACUACAUUGAAAUGAAUAUAGCAUGAAAGUAACUAUGUAGGCUGUUAGCCUCUCAUAAUCCUGCUUUCCCUUCAUCUUUUAUGUAGGGACUAGGUCAGGAUGUCUUUUAUUCUUGUAAUUGCCAAUGGGUCUGGUAAAUAUACUUUCUAUUAGCAGGAAUCAAAAGAGUUGAGGUAAGAUGGUACUGUUUGUCAUUACUUAGUAACAAAUGUUUGUAUUCAGAGAUGAACUUUGUCAUCUUACAAGUACAACUGCUUUUUGUUAUUUCCUGUUUGUUUGUUCAUUCAUUUUCUUUUUAAAGCAGUGUGAAGAUGUUCAUUCCAUCAUUUGAUUAAACUUUUUUGUAA